GCCACCGCAGGCGCCCGAGAGGAGCUGGGGGAGGACGGUGGCCCGCGAGGCUCGUCGCAGACAACGCGGCGGCGAUGUCCGCGAGCCAGGCGAGUGCCGCGGCGGCAGCGGCGGGGCCUCGCACGCGGCAGGGCGGCCUGGGCUUCGGCCUCCCUCCGGUUCCCAGGAAGCGAGCUGGCGGCCAGCGCGGGAGCAGCAGCAGCAGAGGCGGAGGCUCCGGCGCGUCUCUCUCCUCCCCUUCAGCCUAAGCCCGGGCAGGCCAGGCGGCCCGGGUGGCUGGAGGGGGGUCUGCUGCCCAAGAAUGGGAAUUCUCUUCACCAGGAUAUGGAGACUGUUCAAUCACCAGGAGCACAAAGUUAUCAUUGUUGGGCUGGAUAAUGCAGGGAAAACUACCAUCCUUUACCAGUUUUCUAUGAAUGAAGUUGUACAUACAUCACCUACAAUUGGAAGUAAUGUAGAAGAAAUAGUGAUUAAUAAUACACGUUUCUUAAUGUGGGAUAUUGGUGGUCAAGAGUCUCUUCGUUCUUCCUGGAACACUUACUAUACUAACACAGAGUUUGUAAUAGUUGUUGUGGACAGUACAGACAGAGAAAGAAUUUCUGUAACUAGAGAAGAACUCUAUAAAAUGUUAGCCCAUGAGGACCUAAGGAAAGCUGGAUUGCUGAUUUUUGCUAAUAAACAAGAUGUUAAAGAAUGCAUGACUGUAGCAGAAAUCUCCCAGUUUUUGAAACUAACUUCUAUUAAAGAUCACCAGUGGCAUAUCCAGGCAUGCUGUGCUCUGACUGGCGAAGGAUUAUGCCAAGGACUUGAAUGGAUGAUGUCACGACUUAAGAUUAGAUGAUCUCUACUGACCUCUUCUCAUAGACUUUGUAUAAACGAAGUGCUGGACUUUACCUGAAAGCUGCAAAAAUUAAUGGUUUAGAUAUAUUUAUAAUAAACUGAUUUAAACUUUUUCUAUAAGAAGAAAAAUUAAGACCACUUCUUUGAGAACAAAGAUGAAGUCUCACUUUCCAAUCUGCUUUCUCAUUAGUCCCUUCCAAAGCAAGAUCUUUAAAGCUGUGAUUGCUAUUUUUCUCAUAAUGAAUCCUCUCAGACCAUUGUGUAGCCUGCGGUAAGUACAACGGGAGAGGAAGACAUUUUUAACUUUAAGAGCUUUAUUGUCAGUAUAAGCCUCCCUAGAUGAAUGUUGUUCUCUUGUUCCAUUAAGUCAAAUACAAAUCAGCACAGAUAUUCAGUUUCUGAUAUUUUAAAAUGUAAUGUUACUUAUGAAAAGUAUUUUGCAUAAGGUUGUGUAUCUAUUGUGUAUAUACCUCAAGUUCAAGUUUAUGGCUUUGGGUUAUGUUCUAAAGAGAAGCAAAUAACACAAAAAGUAAUAAUAUCCUUAGUUAUAACCGUAAUGAGAUGAGUACUGGCAAUGGUGUUAAGUGCCAUUUUGUGCUUUCCCCUGUGUUCUCUGUAUUGUACUAACCAAACCCCAAAAUCAUUGAGCUGCUGUUAAAAAAAAAAAAAAAAAAAAAAGAUAAAAGGAGAAAGCUCGAUGUUUUAUAGCUAUUUUUGUUGUUGUUGAUCAAAUUACAUACAUGAAAACAUGUAAUCUGAGUGGAGUAUCUGCAAAUUUUUGGCUUAGUGUUAUGAACGGACAGCAUUUCACAUUCAGCAGUUCUUGUUACCUUUAUUGGAUCUAUGCCAUCUGGAUUACUGAGAAAAUUGUUAAUCCAUUAAUCAGUCAAUCAUUAAUUGUUAUUAAAAUUAUCAAGUGA